UACCUUCAUUUUUCCUCAAAAAGAUUCUUGCUUAGACGUGCUUGGAGAGGGGAAAAGUUGAUCAUGGCAGGAGAAAUUGAAUCCAUGGCAUCUAACAUGAGGAGCAAGAUGAGGGGUGAUACUAAAAGUUCAUCCACAUCUUGCAUCUUCGGGAUUCCCAGCAUACUUCGCAGGCACAAUAAGGAAGCAUACAUCCCCAACGCGUUUUCGAUCGGGCCUUUUCACCAUGGCGAGAAACAUCUUGAAGACAAAGAGAAGAUCAAGUUUGACUACUUACAAGGCCUUAUAGACAGAAAUCGUGAUCCGGAGGCAACACUGAUGAAAUGCAUCAGAGAGAUCACAAAUUAUGAAACAAAAGCCCGAGAGUGCUAUGCAGAAGAAAUUCUUAUGAGCAAACAGGCGUUCAUUGAAAUGUUGGUGCUUGAUGGCUGCUUCAUUGUUGAAGUGUUCAGGAAGGAUGCUGAAGAGCUUCUGUUUAGCUUAACAAGUGAUUGGUCUGAAACCAAGUCCCUACUUCAACUCACCUUGGAUUUCUUCGAGAACAUUUUUUCAUCUGAGAAAUCUUCCAUACAACUAGAUCUCUUCGCCAAUCAAGAAAUCCAGCACAUUCUUGAUUUGAUAAGAAGUUCUUUGGUGUUGCCACUUGGAGACCAGCAAGGCCAAGAAGAGUCAUUUGUCUCAUGGCAGCCUAUUCCUUCUGCCACCAGCAUCAAAGAUUCUGGAAUCAGUUUCAGAAAAGUGAAGUCACGUAGCAUCCUGGAUGUCAAAUUUAGGAGAGGCGCUCUGGAAAUGUCACCAAUUCUCAUCCAAGAAACCGUUGAACCUGCCUUCCGAAAUCUGAUCAGCUAUGAGCAAUGUUAUCCAAACUGUCCUCCUAGAGUUACAAGCUAUGCUAUACUCUUGGACAACCUUAUCAACAAUGAAGAGGAAAUGGAAGAACUCAGCAAGAGUGGGGUUCUUAUCAACUGGCUUAAUCCACAUGACACGACCCAGUUCUUUAAGAUGCUAUACCAUGAUGCAUUUUUGAAAGAGUUUCAUUACCUGAAGCUUUUCAGGGAAGUGAAUGAAUAUCAGCAGAAAUUGUGGCCUAAAUGGCGAGCUUUUUAUAUCCGCAAUUAUUUUGCAAAGCCGUGAGCCAUUGUUUCUCAGAUUGUUGCUGCUAUCGUUCUCAUCCUAGCGUUCUUGCAAACCAUUUAUACCAUGAAGUGCUGAUAAAAAAAAAAUGUAUUCCAUGAAGUGAUCAAUACUUGUUUUAAUACCUGUCAUAUCAUGUUGAGACACAAAUAAAAAUUGUCAUGAGUUGGUGAUAUGUAACAUUCGUGAUCUGAGGGCUCUUUACUUUCGAUGAAUCUCUUAUCAAGAAUUUGGUUAGAAUAUAAGGUUUUCUCAAUC